AUGGAAGUGUUUCAGGAGUUAUCACAGAAAUUGGUAUUCCCAAUCGACUAUAAAUCCCAGAAAUAUAUUGGUAAGCAAAUGAAUGUAGCCAUUGCCGCAGUCGGCAUCGCAGCUACUGUGUACGGAUAUAUGACCGGUUCUAUUCAAAACCUAUUGAUAUGCUACAUUGCUGGUUUAUUGGGAACAUGCAUAUGGUUAGUUCCAGCGUAUCCAGCCUACAGAAAGCAUAAUUUAAAAUUUGUCGAGAAGCCAGUAAUCAACAUCACCACCGAUUGA